GCAGCUGAGCAGGGAGAUGUAGAGUCCUUGCGUCGAUACAUUGAGGGAGGAGGAGACGUCGAUGCGAGCAACCAGCUGUCUGACCGGCUGCUCCACGUGACGGUGCGGGGAGGGCAUGCGAUGGCGACGAGGCUGCUGCUGGAGAGCAAGGCUGACAUGACGAUCCGGAACGCGAUCCUGGACACACCACUUCAGAUCGCCAUGAAAAGGAACAGGAACGAUCUUGUCUUCACGCUGAUG